UGCCGCAGCGGCGGCGUUCUUCCCUCUGGGCGUCACAGCGCCAGGCGGCGGCAGGGAGAUGCGGCUCCUGGCGCUGGCGUUGGCAGUGCUCCUGGCGCGGGCUCCGGCCCCGGAAGUCUGUGGGGCUCUCAAUGUCACUGUGUCCCCUGGGCCUGUGGUUGACUACCUGGAAGGAGAAAAUGCCACUCUGCUCUGCCAUGUCUCCCAGAAGAGGCGCAAGGACAGCUUGCUGGCUGUACGAUGGUUCUUUGCACAGUCUGACUCCCAAGAGACACUGAUGGUCAAGAUGACCAAGCUCCGGAUGGUGCAGUACUAUGGGAACUUUAGUCGCAGUGCCAACCGACAGAGGCUGCGUCUGCUGGAGGAGCGACGAGGGACACUCUACCGGCUGUCUGUCCUGAGCCUCAGGCCAUCGGAUCAAGGACAGUAUGUCUGCAAGGUGCAGGAAAUCAGCAAGUACAAGAACAAGUGGAAAGCCUGGUCUAAUGGAUCUUCAACAACAGAAAUGAGAGUGAUUUCCCUCAAAGCUUCGGAAGAUUCAUCCUUUGAGAAGAAGCAAAAGACCUGGGCAGUGUUCGAAGACCUCUACAUGUAUGCUGUCCUCGUGUGCUGUGUGGGCAUCCUCAGCGUUCUUCUCUUUACUCUGGUCAUCGUCUGCCAGUCUGUGUUUCACAAGAGGAAAUCCCGAGUGAGACAUUAUUUGGUGAAAUGCCCUCAGAACAGCUCUGGGGAGACUGUUACCAGUGUGACCAGCCUGGCCCCACUGCAUCCCAAGAAGGGCAAGAGACGGAAGGAGAAGGUGGAUGUUCCCCCUGCUGUCCCUGCCAAAGCUCCAAUAGUGGCCACAUUCCACAAACCAAAGCUGCUGAAGCCACAGAGGAGAGUCGCCCUGCCAAAGAUUGCUGAAGAAACCCUGACGUAUGCAGAGCUGGAGCUGGUAAAGCCACACCAGGCAGCUAAAGGCGUCGCCACCAGCACCGUGUAUGCGCAGAUUCUCUUCGAGGAGAACAAGCUAUAGCUCUGCCCCCAGUUAUUUAUGAAACCUCAGAAACAAAGCCCCUAUUUUUGUAUUCUCACUUGUGCCUUCUGUGCAGUGGGGAACCUCUCCCAGCUGCAUCCCAGUGCCUUCCAAGAGGUGCAUGGUAGCCUCCCCACAGAAGAGGGGGUCCCAGCCCCCAGAAAAGCCUCCUAGAACAUGCAGUCCCUAGCCUGACCCUGAGGUCUGAGGACUUUGCUCGAGAGCACCUGAGGAGUUCACUGAGCCAUCCUCACUCACCUUUCUGCUUCUUUCCCUGGGUUUCAAUGGGUUCAAACCUUUUUAGAACCUUCAUCGUCCACUCUUUCUGUACCUGUGAUACCCAGCCCCCAGAUUAUAGCUACAGGAAGUACCAUCCAAGGCAGAGGGUAAGAUAGCAUGCACAGGUUUCCAAGGUGCAGCUGACAGUGCCUGGACACACACAACAUAGGCAGAUGCACGUGACGACAUCCAUUGUUUUAAACAGAUGCGCUGAUCUUGGGAAUGUUAAGAGCUGGAGUGUGAAAGACAUGGGGUCUCUCCCCAGUAACCAUGUGCCUUUCUCCUCACUCAUCAUCCUCUGAAGCUCCAGAUUCAGAAGGCAUCAUCCCAAAGCACUGGCCUUGCAGCAGACCUGGGCCGACAGAGAAACAGACAUCUUGCCUUUUGCCAAAGAUGCAGGUUUGUGGCACACACCUGUAAUCCUAGCUAGGGGGCUGAGAACUGAGGAUCAUAGUUUGAAGCCAGCCCAGGCAGGAAAAUCUAUAGGACUCUUGUCUCCAGUUAACCACCAA